GGCGCCUCUAGCCCAGCGAAAUCUAUGGUCUUGUUCCUCCAAGUGGAAGGAGAUGGGAUAAGGGAAGGAUUUGAAGGGAAGAGACCUCUUCUUCCGGGAAAUGGAGGCCUCUGGGGAGCCCCCCAAGGCAUCUCAGAGAUUCUCUACAGAGGCAGAUGUACCCAAGAGCUUGGAGCCAGGAGCACCUCCAUUGAAGUUAUCUUCCACCCAGCCGGAAACAAGCAAGAGAUAUGCAGUUAGUCUUAAUAAGAAGGUGACCCAGUUGGGCGAUGUCUGCUUCACGGGUGAGAAGUGUUUUUUCGGCUCCGAGUGUCCCUGGCAGCACGAUCGCCAGAAAUACGUUGCCACCAAGCCGCCGGACAUUGGAGACUGCUGCAUUCUCUUCUCGCUGUUCGGCAAGUGCCGAUAUGGGAUCGCCUGCCGCUUUGGUGGGGCCCAUUUGGGACCGGACUUCCAGAACCUGGUCAACGAAGAGCUGUGGAUAGUACACAAGGGGAACCCAACUGUGAAGAACCAUCUGGAUAAGGCGGCCGCAGUGUUGAAGGCGUUUCCCUUUCGCAAGUCUCACGACUACCUCCAAUGCCUUGUCAAGGCUGAAAUGGCGAUGCGAAUACCCAGUCUUCUUGAUUUCAAAUCCCAUUUGCCACCAAAAAUCCCCCCGUUAAUUCCCCCCAAGAGUUUGCCCUCGCUGGCUGGUCCUCCGAAAAGAGUCGGUGUCCUGACAGAUGAGGACCUUAUAAGGCUGAGGCCCUGCGAGAAAAAAAAGCUGGAUGUUCUCGGGAAGAUUUAUUUAUCCCCUUUAGGAAAGUGGGGCAACGUCCCCUUCCGGAGGAUUUGCAAGCGGUUCGGAGCAGACAUCACCUGCAGCAGUCUUCCUCUCCCCCACAACUUGUACGGGUGGCAGUUGGAGAACUUCGGAGAAUCCUUUCACCGCCACGAAUCAGAAGACUUUUUUGGCAUCCAGUUAAAAGGAGCGGCUCCAGACCACAUGGUCAAAUGCGCAGAAUUCCUCAAUGACAGGAUCGAAGUGGAUUUCUUGGACAUUGACGCUGCAGAUUCCACGUUUUUUGACACGGGCGGAGGAUGUGCCUUAAUGUUGAAUCCCACCAAAUUUGAACAGAUUGUCCGUGGCAUGAACUACGUGUCGAACGGUCCUAUAACAGUGAAGCUGAGAAGCGGCAUAUUCCCGGCGGGGAAUCUGGCUCACACCCUCAUCCCCAGUCUCCGUCGUUGGGGAACCGCUAUGGUCACGCUUCACGGACGGCCAAAAGAAAUCCCAAUGAGUGAGCCAGCAGACUGGAACUACAUAUCAGACUGUGCCCAUAUUGCCAGACCGAUGCCUCUUUUUGGGAAUGGAGAUAUUUUCUCCUUUGAAGAUGUCGUAAAAGCCAAGAAAACUGGCGUUUCGGGGGUCACGAUUGCAAGGGGUGCCUUGGUGAAGCCGUGGAUCUUCACCGAAAUCAAAGAGAUGCGGCAUUGGGACAUCUCCGCCCGGGAACGGCUGGACAUGCUCAAAGACUUCACGGCCUACGGCUUGGAGUAUUGGGGGACCGACACGAACGGCGUGGAGAAAACGCGGGCCGCCCUCUUGCAGUGGCUGCAUUUCCUCUGCAGGUACAUUCCCUUUGGGUUACGAGAGCACUUCCCUCCACAAUUCGGCAACGAACACCCUUUGUUUUUGUCCGGAGACUACUUGGAAGUCUUAAUGUCAAGCCAAAAGGAGACGGAUAUGGUGAAGAUCAGCGAGAUGUUUUUGGGUCCAGUCUCACCUGGCUUCACCUUCCCGAUGGAACACGAUAUGAACGGCUAGGCGCUGUGGUGGAAGAGGAGGCAAAUGUACAUGUCGUAAUUAUUUUCGUUCUCGUCGUUAAUUAAAAUUUAAUCGUAUGUA